CCAGCGCGAGAGAACUGACGGUUCCAGGAUUGCUUCGUGCAAUUGCAACCUCACGCGCGACUCGCGUGACUUGCGUGCGUGAGAGCGAACACGCGAGCUAUACGCAUUAUAGGCCGAGUCACACGUAGAACCUCGAGUCGUUCGGCCACAGUCGUCGAGCGGCGAACACCGGCUAUUAAUCGAUAAGCCUUUCCCCAUCUUGGUGCCGGGAUGGCUGAUCGUGUUGCUAAACCUGUCAUGCUCGACGCGCUUGCCUCCAUCGAGCCGACGAAAGUGCCAUCCAUGUGUACGCACCAUAGUCGCCCGUGCUGGGGAAACGAGUGGGUGAGCUGCGGGCGCGUUGCCGGCGGCACCAUGCCUGUUCGACAAAAGAGCCAUCGAAUAAGAGUCAAGUAUCCAAGUGGAGUGCAACGGUGCGCUGCCUCCUCUCCGGCCGUGCAGCGAUCAUAAAGACGAGCACCUUGGCGCAUUACUCGCGCUCCAUGUGUUAUCAUCGCUGGUCUCCGCCAAACCGAUCUACUGCAGCAGCACCGAUUUAAUCUCUGCUACUCUUAAGAGCCCUCCAUGUAGUAUGAGUGUCCGCAGGCCUCUGCGGGGAGAAAUUUAUCGCGGGCCGUGAUUGAAAGUCACCGUUGAUCCACCGCGAACUCGAAGUGUUCAGACAGACGAAGCAAAGGUCGGACCUUCGACUGGAACUUCAACAUACAUGUUCCUUGUUGUAAACAGGAAGUUGUGUCGAAAUCGGGCGAAGUGCUCUCUCUGCGGCAUGGCAGCGCUGAUUUGCCUCGCCGCGCCGCCCGGAUCAAGUUCACAAAAUACCACUCGAUUCGCACGUUGCGAAGCGUGCUCCGAUACGAUGGCAGAAAGCCAGCGACGGCGGCAGCCAGGCAUGAGUCCACAGAUCGGACAGAGACGCGGGGGGCGGAAGAUGAAGUGCUACAACGCCAGUCACUGCAGCGAUCGACUUGUGGCUCAAAGCCGACGUCUGACGGAGCCCGGGCUCGUACGGACAUGCACAAGCCGGCGAGGAGCGUCAUGAAGCUCAGCAAUCGUAGUGGUCAACCGCUCCACGGCGAUUACACGGGACACUAAAAGGCGUAGGGUGAAUACAUAGUAGUCUGCACAGCUCGAAGCUUAGCUCUCGCCAGUUGCGCCUGCCAUGGAGCUUCGAUCGCAUUCGCGACCCGCAUACAUGUGUGCUGAAGUUUGUGUUAAUUGCUGCCGCAAUGAGCUGAGUCUUCGAACGAAGUCAACACUCGCCACACCACUCUGAUCUGUCCAUCGAAUGUUAGCUGUCCGUUCGGCGCUCGUCGUUGAGCGGGGCUGUAGCUCGAGUACACGCAAAAAGGAAGGCCCAGCCAGACAAACGCGGUCGAUUGCUCGCUACGUCAAGUCGCGUCCAAGGAUCCAGCGACCAGAACGAGCGCCGGUGCCGGCGGAGCACUGGACUGGAGUCAAAUAUCCGCGUGCAGCACUAAUGCGCCAGACUUUCUUCUCUAAACAGCCGCCGCCAUUGACAACGCACUCGACUGUUGUGCAGGCACUAGAGCUCCAAGUGUCCCCGUCACUUCGACAGCAACAACAACCGCGCGCCAGCCGAAGCAACAGAACUCCGCAAAAAGUGCAACGGCAGGGCGCAGGCUCUUUCCUUGCACCGGUGCACAAAACGCAGUCCGGCGCCGGCGCCGGUCCAGCACAAGGGGGGACCAUGACGGUCACCAUCCGGAGUCAUUCGAGAUUUUCACUCUCCAACCCCAUCUACUCGUCCCGCGUAACACCGGAGCGAGAGAUACAACCGCUUCAGUAGCUCUUCCGGUCAUCGGAAUCCUACUACACCCGCGCCCCCCACGACUUAGCGUCGUACAUUCCUCCCAAGCUUCGCCUUAAAACAGCAGCUUCCCACCCCCAACUCGUAGCUCGUCACUUGAUGAACGCGAGUACAAUCCCUUCAUUUAUUACCGACCACCCCAUCCACCAGAAGCAGCAUCUCGCUAUCCCGGACUCGCCGUCCGCUACUAGCUACCCUGUGCUUCCUCAGAUACAGUACCUGCACUCGCCGCUGACCAAAACCCUGGCUCGCCCAGGCGGGGAGCCCGCCAAGCUACCCAUGGCGUACGCUAUGGCGGGCGGCCGCUUCGACUCCAGCACGUCGAGCGACGACGAUGAGAACGUGGACCGCAGCAACAGCUUCGUGCACAGCAGCGGCCACGUAGCCUCGCCGCCUCGAAGCUCCGAGGACGGUGAAGUUGAAGCGGUCAGCGGCAUCGCCGCCAUGAGCCUUAGCUACAUCAUCAACGGAGAAAUGAAGCAGGUCACACAGGACGACGAUGACAGCAGCAGCAGCACCGGCGGCAGCUCGCGCGGCGGCUUCGACCUCUCGUCCAUGCUCAACACGGUGUGUGCUAAGCCGGACUGCUACCGUACCAUCCGUGGCCCGAACGGCACCUUCUGCAAGUACCACAAGCAGAGUCGCUUCUGUCGCGCCGAAGGCUGCUCCAAGAGCGCCAAGACAGGAGGUUUCUGCAUCUCGCACGGAGGUGGUAAGCGUUGCGCGCACCCUGACUGCAACAAGAGUGCCAAGCAAGGCGGUCUCUGCAUUUCGCACGGUGGUGGAAAGCGAUGCAGUGAGGCAGGCUGCACCAAGUCGGCGCUCGUGGGAGGCUUCUGCUCAGCCCACGGCGGUGGCCGUAAGUGCAAAAUGCCCGAGUGCACCAAGACAGCGCUUCUGGGAGGACUGUGCAUUGCGCACGGCGGGGGAAAGCGCUGUCAGGUCGAAGGUUGCUCCAAGAGUGCUGUGGGAGGCACGUUGUGCGUCUCACACGGCGGUGGCAAGCGCUGCCAGGCUGAAGGUUGCAACAAAGGUGCUGUGCGGAACGGUGUGUGCAUUCGCCAUGGAGCGAAGCGCGACCAGCCGUCGGUGACGCCCUAAACAAACAAAAAGGCUCCCGUGAGCCUGGAGCUCGGUUGGGCGAGCUUCAAUAGAGGAUGACGGAAUCGUAACGCGGUUGCCAUCGGAAGUGGCCGCAAUACAUUUUGUUCACAUCCCGUACAUAUUCUUCAUUCGAAAAUACUGCGCCAAAAUGCCUUGUAUGCUCUUGCGGCAAAGGAUCUGUCGAUCUUCCAGCGAUGAGAAGCUGCAGCGAUAUUUUCUUCAACUCGCUUCAAUGCAUCAAGCAACUUACAACAGGCACUUACAUUUACUUAAGUAAAAUCCCUUAGAAAAUAAAUCAAACUGAAGAGCGCGAAUUGCUGCUCUGGGCGCGAGAUUCCUGCACUCACUUCGAGAUGCAACAUUGUACCCAAGUCAUC